CAAAUUAAGUGAUGAUGCUCUUCCGUUACCUCCAGGAAAAAGACGUAUUCGAAAAGUACUACAAGCAACAUUUAGCUAAACGACUUCUCUCUGGUAAAACCUUUUCCGACGAUGCUGAAAGAAGCUUAAUCGUCAAGCUUAAAACGGAAUGCGGUUACCAAUUCACCUCGAAACUAGAAGGUAUGUUCACCGAUAUGAAAACCUCUCAAGAUACAAUGCAAAGCUUCCACGAUAUCAUUGGUGGGGAACUUUCGGAUUACCCAUCGCUAACAGUUCAAGUCCUCACAACCGGAUCAUGGCCCACACAAACAACCGUCACAUGCAAUCUCCCAUCCGAAAUCCUAGGAAUAUGCGAAAAGUUCCGUACAUUUUACCUGGGGACCCACACGGGCCGAAGAUUGACAUGGCAAACGAACAUGGGCACGGCCGAUCUAAAACUAACAUUCGGUAAAGACAAGAAACACGAACUAAACGUGUCGACUUACCAAAUGUGCAUCCUAAUGCUAUUCAACAACGCUGAUCGGUUAACCUAUAAAGAAAUCGAGCAGGCAACAGAAAUACCCGCCCCCGAUCUAAAACGUUCUCUACAGUCGUUAGCGUGCGUGAAGGGGAAGAACGUGCUGAGGAAGGAGCCGAUGAGUAAGGAAGUGGGUGAAGAAGAUUCGUUUCUUUUUAACGAUAAGUUUACGAGUAAACUAUAUAAGGUGAAGAUUGGAACAGUGGUUGCUCAGAAGGAAUCUGAACCGGAGAAACAGGAGACUCGGCAGAGAGUGGAGGAAGAUAGGAAACCGCAGAUCGAAGCUGCGAUCGUGAGGAUUAUGAAGUCGAGAAGGGUGCUUGAUCAUAAUAAUAUUAUUGCCGAGGUCACGAAACAGCUGCAGUCGCGGUUCUUGCCGAAUCCUGUGGUGAUUAAGAAAAGGAUCGAGAGUUUGAUUGAGAGGGAGUUUCUUGAAAGGGAUAAGGUUGAUCGGAAGCUGUAUCGAUACCUCGCAUGAAGUGGGGGGGUGGUUUUCCGAAAUUGGAUCUUGAAUUUGAUGUUUGAAAUGUUAUAGACUCUCAUGGUUUUCUUCUUUAAUGUUUUGUUUGUUUUUGAUUAUGUAGGUACAUACUUUGAUUUUAUACUAUUUUGAAUGAAUGAACAUUUAUUUUGGUAA